AUGGUACUCUGCGGCAACGAGACGCUGGUCGUCUAUGGCGGCAUCGGCGACGAAGAAGAUAGCGCCAAGGACGACGCAUGGGCGUUUAACCUGACGUCGAAUGCGUGGACAAAAGUCGGGGUCGACGGUCCUCGCCCGCACAAGCGGUUCCAUCACGCGGCGGCCGCGCGGCGCUCGCCGGCAAGAGAAGUGUACAUCUUUGGUGGCAUGUCGGUGUGGCAAGCGCUACCGUCGCCCGUGCUGCACUACGCGCAGACGCAAGACCUCUGGCGCCUCCAACUCGAUGCGACACCGCCGGCUUGGGUGCUCGAACCCGCGCCCAACGGCCCGAGCAACCGCAGCGAGGCGACCGCGAUCACGUUCAACGACCGCAUGUAUCUCUUUGGUGGCAUCGAGUACGACACGACGUCGACGAGCCGUGGGCACUCGCGCUGCUUCAACGACAUUUGGACGUUUGACUACACGACCAAGGUGUGGACGCAGCUGCCUUUGCCGGCCAAGCACGCCAAGCACGUGCCGUCUCCGCGCUUCUCGCACGCCGCAAGCACCAUCACUGUCGACGGCGUCACGUCCAUGGUGAUCUUUGGCGGCCGACAGCUGACCAAAGACGAUGGCUGGGCGCUGCUGGACGACAUUUGGCUCUUUUCGUUCGAGACCCAUGCGUGGACACAAGUGCACAGCACGCCCGCGUUCAAGCGCGCGUACACGACCAUGGUGACAGUCGACAACGACAUGUGGCUCUUUGGCGGCUACUUCAAGUCGGACUACAGCACGAACGGCUACGUCUACGACGACACGGUCCACACGCGGCUGUCGGGCACGCACACGCAAUUUUCCAAAAACAACGAGACCGAUACGAUGGACGAGGGAUACCCGAGCGUCCGGUAUUUGCACCGCGCCGUGGCGUGGCAAGGGAAAAUGGUCGUCUUUGGCGGCCGCUUCCAGCACACGCUGGGUGACAUGUGGGUGCAGGACCUCAACGCGAGCUUGCUGCAUCCCGUCACGGACGUGCACGAGCUCGAGCGCAGCGACAUGAACUCGCUCUACGUCGCGUGCGUGCUUUUUGCGAUUUUCACCGUGUUUUUCGUCCUCACGCUCGUGCGCUUCCGGCUCCACCACGUGCACCCGACGGCGCCGUUGCGCUUGGUGCCGCGCGGCGUCUCGAACCAACGCUUGCUCGAGCUCAAGACGAAAAAGUACCACGCAGUGGCGUCGACGGAAACCAACGCGUCGGAUCAAGUCGACUUGUGCCCGAUUUGCCUCCAGACCGAUGCGAGCGUGUAG